AUGCAGAAGUCAGGCAACGGAAAACCGUCUAAAAGGAAUUGGUCUUCUAAGGCCAAGUCAAAUAAUUCGUUGGCGUCAGAUGAAUCGAAAUUGAAGAGCAGGAGCGAACGGUUCAAUAAAUCAAAUGAGACCAGUGCAGGGCGAGGAAUAGGAGGCUACGGAUUUGUAAGUAGAGGAGAAGAUGAUCGGUUACAACGUAGUGAACGUGAAAGAAAGCUAUUCUUCGAGAAGAUAUUUAAUGACUUUAUGAACUAUUGUAUACAGCUGGAUUCAAGUUUGAAGGAAAAAGUUAAGGAAUUGGCUAACAGCAGUGAUGAAGCUGUUCAAAUUGGCGAAGAUAUGAAUGGCCUAACAAUUACCGAAGAUAGAAAAAUUCAUGCCCAAGACAGAAAAACUCCUACAACUAACCUCGACUCCAUAUUGACGUCGUUGCGAAAGUUAAGGGAGGCACUCCUAUUUGCUAAACCAGAUGAUUUCUCUAAGAGAGUGUUCUUGUUUUCCAUACGCAUAUCUGCAUCCAUUGGACAGUAUCAUACCUAUAUCCCGAGUAUUAACUACCUAUUAGAGAAUGCCAAGUCCCUUCUCACGCAAAUUGAAAUUGCGGAAGUUGCGACUCUACUUGCUCUACACCUUGCACACUUUAACAACCAUAAUCUAAGAGCCAUAGAAGUCUAUUACAAGUACAACAUUGAGAAUGUCUCUUUACUAAGAUGUCUAAAGGCCUGGGCUGUGGGAGAUUUCCAGAACUGGACUAGAAUAUACAACACUGAGUGUGAUGGGUGCAAAUCUGCGAUUAUGCGAAUGGGGUUAACUAAAAUAUUAAACUCGAUGGUUAAGGUAAUGACGGCAGCAUACUUUAGCUUGGACAAACUGUACUUAGAGGAUUGCGUCUUACCAAACGGGGUAGAUGUGAGUGUGUUAGUAGAGAAAUAUAACUGCUCUUGGAAAGUUGAUGAUAAAGUGGUGAUACUAAGAGAGAGAGCAAAGAAGCCUAUAUAG